GAACAAACACAACAGCGACCACAGACAACCCUGCGGCACUCUGGGCCUGAAUUCGGAUCAGCGACCUGAGACAAACCUGACGGCAUACUCUUGGCCGACCUGUUGGACCAGCGAUCAGAGACGGGGUCGGCGGAAUACUAAUGGCUUGAAGUUGGACCAUUGACUACCCCGACUGAAGCCGACUGUGGCGCACAGUUAUCGCGGCUCCGGUGUCGAUAGCAGGUUCUGAGCGAGCAUAGAACGACGUUCGACUGCACACAGGACAACAUUCGAGCGAGGAAUAGGACAACAUCGAGUACAGGGGCCGCGCACUGCAAUUUGAAGGGGAAUUAAAGCGCUAGGUGUUCAUAAUCCCACCGUCUACUGAUACAUUUUCCUGAUUACCCUCCGGAGUAAUUCCUUGAACUGUACUUGGGCCGUUUCUGAACCUGAAAAUGGAGAAAAUCAGGAGAGCAUCACAUGCUGGUUCAUGGUACACUGAUAAUCCCCAGAAACUGGAAAAAGAGCUUGAUGAGUGGUUGAGAGAAUCUGGACUGACCAAGUCGUCUGAUGUACACGGUGUGAUUGCCCCCCAUGAUGGCUAUUCAUAUUCAGGUCGUGCAGCGGCUUUUGCUUUUGGAAACAUAGACCCAACAAACAUUUCUCGGGUCUUCCUGCUUGGCCCAUCACACCACUAUUACAUUGCAAAAUGUGCACUUUCGAAAGCCACAGUUUACAACACUCCCAUAGGAGAUUUACCUAAUGAUAUGGCAGUCAUUGAGGAGCUGAAAGCUUCAUGGAAGUUUGAAAUGAUGGACCUGAAUGUUGAUGAGGCUGAUCAUAACAUGGAAAUGCACCUGCCAUACCUUGCUAAUGUAUUUCAUGGGUAUGCAGUGAAAGUAGUUCCUAUUUUGGUUGGUUCUAGCUCUUAGUCCAAUGCAUGAAGCCAUGUAUGGAAAAUUUCUGGCAAAAUAUGCAGAUGAUCCAACAAAUAUCUUUACAGUGUCAUCAGAUUUUUGUCACUGGGGUUCACGGUUUCGUUACACAUACUAUGACAAAACACACGGAGAAAUUCACAAGUCAAUUGAAGAGUUGGAUAAAAGGGGCAUGGAUAUAAUUGAAACAGGAGAUCCAGAUGCAUUUCAAGAGUACUUGUCGAAGAUUGGAAACACCAUAUGUGGACGCCAUCCAAUUAGUGUUUUCCUUCAUAUGGCAAAGAAUUGCUCGACAAAGAUGAAGAUCAAGACAUCAAGUUCCUUCUGUAUGAGCGAUCAAGCCAGUGCAAGAGCAUAAGAGACAGCAGUGUGAGCUAUGCAUCAGCAGCAGCAACCAAGACUGCACAAUGUGCAAAUGAUCUCAUUUGGCAUAAACUCCCACCAGUGAUAUUGUGAUCAGAUGCUUACUUGAAUACCAUUAUUUUCAGGAAAAUGGUUGUGCUUCAGUUAGACCUAUGACAUAUUUGCUUGGAACUUCUCAUCUUGAAACUGUUACAAAGUGGCAACAGAAAUUGAACUGUUUAGGGGAGCAUUCUGUUCACGCUCUUUGGUACAACGCACCUUACGUUUUCUUUUGGGAAAAACGACAGAUUGGACCUAAGCCGCUAUAACCCAAACGCACUCAAAGUAUGACAUGGAGUAUAAUGAUUACACUAGAACCAUUUCUGGACACUACUAUUUUCAACAGAGUACUGUUUGAGCCAUUUAUUUCCUUGGUUGAAAGAGCAGGCUGAAGAUUUAGGAGCUAGGCUUUGCUCCUAGUGAUGAGGUCAUGUUACUUUUCUUGUAGAGAAUUGUUGGGGAUCUUUAUUAGAGCGAUUUCCCAAUCUGGAACCAUUCUCAUCAGAAGAGAUUGAUGAAGUACGAACUCGUUGGGCAUCAUAUUUCUUAGAAAUGACGCAAUCCAUCAACGACACAUGAUGAACGUGUUUGUUCAAGUUUUUGAGUGAUGAUGAGACUUGUAACUUUAUACAAUGUGUUAUUACUCUAGACUUGUGCAAAGAUUGUUUUAUUUUAGCUUAUUAUUAUGUACUAAGUUGUUACUUGAACUUGUUGAAUAUUUGUGGAAGAAUUGAAAAAUAGCUUGUAUUAUUGUUUUAGAUGGAUCAAGUGAAUAGGUGAAAAAUU